CGCAGCAUCAAACCGUGAAGCGUCUCCAAGCGGCUCUCUGGUUAAAUACACAGCCGCCUCCUCGCAGAUCUCACUCAUCACGGACGGAGUUGUUCUUGUUGUUUGUUGCUGAUGCCGGAGAGAGCGACCCUCUGGCCCCCAUCCUCCCUCAUCGCCAUCUCUCAUCUUCCUCCCCUGCGCAACUGAGUCGACACCGGUGGCUUGUUGCCGGACGCGCUGGAUGGCUGCUGCGCCCUGCGGACCGGUGUGAAUCAAUCCUGUCUCUUAGUUAGUUUGUUUUUUAAUCUUCUCCAGUCAUCUGCACUCUGAGCCUGUCAACAAAAACAACUGCAACAAUGACAGACCCAUCCACCCAAGAGUCCUACCCCGUCCCGGACUCGACUAUAGUGGAUGCCACGGUGCGGAACGGCCAGUGCGCCCCGGAUGGCUUCAACAACCACCACCACCAGAACCACCAUCAGCCGCAAGCCAAGAGCCCCGGUCAGCCCGAGCCCUACACCACCAGCCAGGAGAUGAAAAUCACAGACAGCGUGGAGGGGGAAGGUCUCCUCGAGAGCAGCAUGCGCCUGAAGCCCCACGAGGCCCAGAGCUACAGGAAGAAGGCGCUCUGGGUGUCCUGGAUCUCCAUUGUGGUCACACUCAUACUGGCGGUGGCAGCUUUCACUGUAUCAUUCAUGAGACACAGCGCGUCAGCCUUUGGAUUUGCCUUCGAUGCCUCACUGGACGUCAUGUCAUCAUUCAUUGUCCUCUGGCGCUACAGCAAUGCAGCAGCAGUGCACUCUGCACACAGAGAGUACAUAGCAUGUGUAGUUCUUGGGGUCGUGUUUGUUCUCUCAUCCUUGUGCAUCAUUGGAAAGGCCAUCCAUAAUCUGGCAACCAGGAUGCUCCCAGAAGUGGAUGACUUCCUCUUCAGUGUGUCCAUAGUGAGCGGGUUCUCCUGUACUUUGCUGGCCGUGAUCAAGUUCAUGCUGGGGAGAGUGCUGACUAGUCGGGCACUUCUCACUGAUAGCUUUAACUCCAUGGUUGGAGCUGUCAUGGGAUUUUCCAUUCUGGUCAGCGCUGAAGUCUACAGGCAGCAUCCUGAUGUCUGGUACCUGGAUGGAACCAUCGGCGUUCUCAUUGGACUCAUCAUUUUGGCAUACGGUGUCAAACUCCUGAAGGACAUGGUGCCCCGUGUAAGGCAGACAAGGAACUAUGAACGCUUUGAGUGAGAGUGUUGACCAAAAGAGCAAUGCUACACACACACACACACACACACACACCCUGACUGCCUCUUGUUCUCUUCCCUCAUCUCUGUCUUUCUAGUCACUAAUGCGUAACUUCUGAACAACAGAUGGACGUUGCACACACAUGUUCUUAAACACAUGCAUACAGUAAACGAACAUGCCGUAUUUACCGCAGAUAGCACAAUAAUACACACACAGACAUACACAAAGUCUGAGAGACUUUGAGGGAAAAGGACAUGAUUGAAGAACUUCUCCUGGUAAGACUUGGAAAGCCCCUUAGUUCAAGUCUUCUUUUCCACUCUUCUUCACUUUUGAUCCAUGAAACCAUAAAAAAAAAUCACUCAAAGAAUGAGUAAAACACUCAAACACCAACAAGAGUAAUUGUUUUUUUCGGCCUGUAAAAUACAGUAGGUGCUGCUAAGAUGCUGUAAACAGACAUAGCUAAACUUUAUGUUAAGCUGCCCACUAAUUUAUCAGAUUAUUAUUGUUAUUAUUAUUUUCAGUUAUAAUUAAGUACAGCGGUUCCUUUACUGAAACCCAAAAGAGAAGCAGUCAACACCUCACCAGCCUCCUCUUUUCAAUGCAGCCACUAUACAUCGUAAUUUGUUCCUGAGAGAAAGAGAGAGGGAGUGGAAAAGAGAGAGAAAGCGCCUCUGCUGAGUCGGCAGCGCUGUCUCUGAAAGGUGAAAAGCAGUGGUGUACGUGGUGAGGUCAGCCUUGGUCUAAAUCCCCUGGGACUAAAAUCAACAGUUGAGUCUCUCAACGACACAUAUUUGACUAUGGCAGGAAACCUGAUUGCACAAAGUUGACGUUAUUUAUAUUGCACAACCUGCUGCACUGUACAGUGUGUGAUGUGUCCAAUCACAAAUUAGCAACAUUUCCCCAGUUUUUGCUACCAGUUUAGCUCAGUGCCCAGAAAAAAAAAAUACUUAGCCACCAAAUGAAUUCAGGGUAAUUAGCUGUUUUGUCUAAAUGGCUGUAAUGUAUCCUCCUCACACAUACAUACAUAGUCUUUUGAUUUGUUUACAUACACAAACACAUACCUUGGUUAGUUAUUUACUGUAAUACAUAAUCAAAAAUGUUUUACUUGAAAUCUAAAGUGACAUGACAAAGUUUUACCAGUUAAUGGCACAUGUUUUU